AUACACGUCUUAAAUUUUCACCCAAGCUCACCAAUUAUUUUUCAAUAUUUUUCUGUUAAAUCCAGUCAAAGAAGUCUCGUAUAUUCGACUUGGAAUCUCGUUUUGGAUGUCGGAGAGCUCGAGAAUAUAGCGGUUGGUACUUGGCACUUCCAACUUCAUUCCAAAACCAAAACAAAUUUCAAACAAAACAAAACAAAAUUACGCACAACAGAAUCCGAAAAUGAGACCCAACAUUGUUUCUGAGGCAGGAUUGCAGACGAGGUUGGGGCAGUGGUGGGAAAACAUUCCGUUCCUUACUUCAGCUAUUGUGGUGGUUUGUGGGAUUAUUUACUUGGUCUGCCUCUUGGUUGGAUAUGACUCUUUCUUUCAAGUCUGCUUUUUGCCUUCUGCGGUUGUUUCACAUUUCCAAGUCUACAGGAUUUAUACCUCCAUUCUGUUUCAUGGUUCACUGCUUCAUGUUCUCUUCAACAUGAUGGCAUUGGUUCCUUUGGGUUCUGAGCUGGAGAGGAUCAUGGGAUCUGUACGAUUGUUGUACUUGAUAAUUUUGUUGGCCACCAGCAAUGCUCUUUUACAUCUUCUAAUUGCACUGUUGGUUGCAUAUAACCCUUUCCAUUCAUCUGAAUAUUUCAUGAAAGAGUGUGCAAUAGGAUUCUCGGGAAUAUUAUUUUCUAUGAUUGUUAUAGAAACAAGUCUCAGUGGUGUCCAAUCUAGAAGUGUCUUUGGACUAUUUAAUGUGCCUGCCAAAUUGUAUGCGUGGAUCUUGUUGAUUGUGUUUCAGCUCCUUAUGACAAAUGUUUCGUUACUGGGACACCUAUGUGGCAUAUUGUCUGGCUUUGCCUAUACUUAUGGCUUAUUCAACUUGCUUAUGCCUGGAGCAUCCUUUUAUUCUGCCAUUGAGGCUUCAUCUUGGCUUGCACCUUGUGUCAGGCGGCCCAAAUUUAUUUUGUGCACUGGUGGUAACCCUUCGGGCUAUAUUCCAACACAUUCAAGCCAAAGUACAACAUCCAGUGGAUUGUUGUCUGGAAAUGUAUUGAGGAAUUUGUCUUCAUGGAUGCCACAGAGAGAGACAUCUGCUCAGCCAACAGUAGACCCGAGGUUUCCUGGAACAGGAAGGGCACUUGGUUCUGGUCGAACUCAAACAGCCACAGCUGAUAAUUCAGAAUCAAACUUACAGGCUAGACUUUUGGAUGAUAGUAGCCCACAGCGUUCAUCAGACACUGCGACAAUUGGCACAGGACAGCAGUUAUCAGACGAGAGACGAGCAGCAGAAAACGCAGCAACAGUAACUUCCGCUAUCCCAGCUCGUCAUCAGGGUUCGGUUGCUUCCGAUGAACAAAUCCAGAAACUUGUAUCAAUGGGAUUUGAAAGGACACAAGUAGAAGUUGCACUAGCAGCUGCAGAGGGGGAUUUGAACGUGGCAGUGGAAAUCCUUAUGAGUCAACAGGGAUGAUAAGUAGUUGUGGAACUGGGAUGCACUUUUCAGUUUAGCCUGUUUCUCUGUGUCUGUCUGAAAAUGAAGUUUUAACAUGUGGUUACUAUGCAGUUUCUGAUUCUUAGUUCUGAAUAUCGUUUGGCAGAGGGGAAAAGAGGGAACACAGUAGUGAAAACAAUACUCAAUGUCGUAUACUAACGAUACUUUUGAAGAAAAAGCACAAAUGGCUUUGUAAAGUUGUUUUGAGACUAUACAUAAACCGGCAAAUUUAGUUGAAUUUAAUUGCCUGUUGUUUUUGUA